UGUGAGUUAACUAACACCCUUCCUUAACCGAACAAAAACAAAAACAAAAACUGUAUUUGCCACUUUGAUGCUCCAAUCUGAAGAGAGAGAAAAGAGACAAGAGCCGUUACUCUCUUUCUGAGCUUUAUUAAAACAUUAGUUGCAAACACAACACAAUACAUCAAUGGCUACUAGGUUCAGCUUCAGCUUCAUUUUUUCAGCUUCAUUCUUCUUCCUUCUUCUAGAUUGUUGUUCUGGGAGUUUCAUUGGGAUUUGCUAUGGACGAAGUGCCGACGACCUCCCUACACCCGACAAGGUGGCACAGUUAGUUCAACUUCAUAAAAUCAAAUAUGUUAGGAUUUAUGAUUCUAACAUUCAGGUCCUAAGGGCAUUUGCGAACACUGGAGUUGAACUUAUGAUUGGUGUUCCAAAUUCAGAUUUGCUCUCAUUCUCCCAAUACCAAUCUAACGCGGACACUUGGUUGAAAAACAGCGUCCUUCCUUAUUAUCCGGCCACAAAGAUCACAUACAUAACUGUUGGUGCUGAAAUCACAGAAAGUAGCUAUAAUACCUCUUCGUUAGUAGUACCUGCGAUGAACAAUGUACUUACAGCACUCAAGAAACUUGGGCUGCACAAAAAGAUAAAAGUUUCUAGUACUCAUUCUCUCGGUGUUCUGUCUCGAUCGUUCCCGCCUUCAGCCGGGGCUUUCAAUAGUAGCCAUGCUCAUUUCCUGAAGCCGAUGCUAGAAUUUCUUGCAGAAAAUCAAUCGCCUUUUAUGAUUGAUAUAUAUCCUUAUUACGCUUAUCGGGAAUCCCCGAAUAAAGUGCCUUUAGACUAUGCUCUUUUUCAGGCAUCCUCUGAAGUUAUUGAUCCAAACACCGGUUUGCUUUACAAAAACAUGUUCGACGCACAGAUUGAUGCUAUUUAUUAUGCACUCAUGGCCCUAAAUUUCAGAACAAUUAAUGUUAUGGUCACCGAAACAGGUUGGCCUUCAAAAGGUUCGCCUAAGGAGAAAGCCGCAACUCCUGAUAAUGCACAAACAUAUAACACUAAUCUCAUAAGGCAUGUUAUCAAUAAUACCGGUACUCCAGCAAAACCUGGGAAGGAGCUAGAUAUUUAUAUUUUCUCAUUGUUUAACGAAAACAGGAAGCCCGGUUUAGAAUCAGAGAGGAACUGGGGAUUGUUUUAUCCGGAUCAAACAAGUGUGUAUAAUCUAGAUUUCACCGGACGAGGUGCGAUUGACAUGACUACGGCUGCAAAUGUAACCCGGUCAAAUCGAACAUCAUGGUGCAUUGCUUCAAGCAAAGCCUCCGAAAUUGAUUUGCAGAAUGCUUUGGAUUGGGCCUGUGGUCCUGGCGAUGUCGAUUGUACUGCUGUCCAGCCUAGCCAGCCUUGUUUUGAGCCGGAUAAUCUAGUCUCACAUGCAUCUUUUGUUUUUAAUAGCUAUUACCAACAAAACGGGGCCUCUGAUGUUGCUUGUAGUUUUGGUGGUACAGGUGUAAAGGUUGACAAGGAUCCAAGUUAUGAUAACUGCAUCUACAUGAGAGAUGGCAAUAAUAAAACAUCAGGAGGUAAUGCAAGGGCGGUGUCAUCAACUUCAUCCUCUCAACAGAAAGGAAGAUAUUCUUCAAUUUCUAUGUAUCUUCUUGUAAUUUGUCUCUUUGUUCUAUUGAAUACUGAACAUUCCUGAUAAGGCAAGUAGAAAAUGCAGCAUGAUUUUGCUAUAUUUAGACGUAUGCUGCGUUUUCGCAUCCAGGGGAGGUAAUGGUUUUGUGGUAAGCUUUUCAUGAUAUACCAUGCAUCAGAUAAGUGUAAAAAUCCAUUGCUGUUGUAAAAUCUUUAGAUCAAUGAUAGCCAAAAAAAUUCGUGCUGAUAGUUUUAUGUGCCCUUAAGUUAAGGCCAUAACGAUAAGCAAGAUAAAUGGCAUCUCUGUGAUUCAUUUGUGUCGAUGAAUAAUGAUAGAAACAUACUUUCCAACACACUUUUUUAGUUGGUUGAUGUUUGAUUCAUUAAAUUGAUUGUGCUCUACAUAUUCUCAUUGAUCAAUAUUUCUUGUACUAAUGAUUUUACAAGUAGAAUUUUAAUUUAUAUACGAUUCUAUCUAGUAUUCAUUUACUAACUGAGAUCAGUUAAUUAGUUACAUCUCUAACUGAAUUUCAACAACUUAUAACAAUAUAGCAAAUGAGAGUGAGAUAAACUCUUGGGCUUUCAUGGACUGAGGGGACUGGGUGGCCUAUGGACCCACUUUCAUCUACUUCAAUAGGCUCACCUCAAACUUAAGUUUGUUUCAUAAAGCUGCAACUGAGGAGAUGGAUGAGGCCUAGUGAAGGAGUUUGCAAGGUGGGUAAGCUAUAGGCGCGCAUGAGUAAUAACCAGCUUCUCAAAGAUCACUCUUUCAGGCAAAAAGUGCAUGUGAAAUUGUAUAUGUUUGGUUCUAAUGAAGGAUAGGAUUAUGAGCAAGUGUUACGCACUAAGGUUAUCACACAAUAAUGAUGGUGUCUGCAUUUUGUGCUUGACCUAGCAACAAGUUCUUGUUUUUUGAGCUCUAAGAGACAAUAUUGUGACAAUAAAAUUUGUCUAUGACCCUAGAGGUAGAGCUAACAUCAUUGGCCUAGUCAAUAUCAAUGUGUUUCCUGAGUAUAUAUGGUAUGUGUUCUGGUUUGGACCGAGUAGGCCCACUACUUAUACCAAAGCCGAACAGGCCCAAUGCUUGUACCUAGAUCGAGCAGGCCCAUUAAUGGUUCAGGCCUAAUAACGCGCAGACUAGUCGUUACAAACGUCAAUCCCACAUGUCCAAAAAAGAGCACAUGGUCAAACCCACUAGCGUAGAAUUCCGACAACUCCCUCCUAACCCUACGAUCUGUUUACCCAGGAUAUGAGU